AUGCCUCCAGCAAAGCGACGCAAGCUGAGCCCCGAAGCCGAAGAAGAACCCGCAACUCCAGUCAACACAGAAACACCCCAACCCACUACAGACCCAACAGAGGAAGAUGCGCCAGAAGCGAUAUCAUCUGCAAUCGAAGCCCAAGACCCUGCCCUCAUCGCCGAAUCCACAUCGAACCCUCCGGAAGCAGCUUCAGAUGGUGCCCCCAAGCCAACCUCGUCCACACCCACACCUGCAGCAGACCGCCUUGCCCGCUUCGCGGCCCUCAAGUCCCGGGCCUCCCAAUCUGCAAAGUCCAACCUAGCAGAAGCAAAAGCCGAAGCCAACCGUGCCGCUAUGGAUCCUUCUCUCCUCGCUAACCUCUCCCGUCGCAGCGCCAUUGCACAACACAACUUACUGAAAGCCGACACGGAAGAAACGGAAGGCACGGGCGCCUUCGAGCGCAAGCGCGCAUGGGACUAUACCAUUGAAGAGUCAGAAAAAUGGGAUGAACGGGUUGCCGCCAAGAAUCAUGCAAGGGAGAACAACGCCUUUCAGGACUACAGCGUCGAGGCAGGGAAGAUGUACGACCGGCAAAUCCGCGAGUUGGAGAAACAAGCAUUGAAGGACGGAGGCAAGAAUCGCGAAGACUACGACCGGCAGAAAGCUGAGAUCAUUGAAAAUGCAGCCCGCACAGGCGGCCUCGAGAUUGUGGAAAUGGAUAACGGCGAAUUGGUUGCCAUCGACAAAGACGGGAGGUUUUACUCGUCCCAAGACAGCCUGGGGUUUAUCGAACAGAAGCCUAAACGAGAAAAUGUCGACAGAUUAGUUGCAGACCUCAAGAAGGCCGAGGAGGCAAGAUUCAAGAAGCGGAGAGACCGGGGCCGAGAAGCGGACGACGGGGACGUAACUUACAUUAACGACAAGAACAAGCAGUUCAACAUGAAGUUGGCGCGGUUCUAUGAUCGAUAUACGAGGGAUAUCCGGGAGAGCUUUGAGAGAGGAACGGCGAUAUGA